GCUUUUGUAGCAGUAGUCUCCUCCUCUUGUAUUAUGUCUUUUUUUUUUUUUGAACAAAUAACCACUUAUUGUUGGUUUCUUCAGUUGCCUAAGUCGCUUAUUUAUGCCUGACCCGCACAGCUCUUCAGCAUAUUCGUGACCAGCUUUAGAGGGUUUGUCAGCAUGCCUAACAGUGAAGAGAUCCUCACGAAAAAAUUACAAGAUGAAAAUGCAAUGAACAUUACAGAAAGCUAUGAAACCAGAACAUUUACAGAUGCACAGACUGUCUCCAAAGAUUUACUGGUUCAUUUUGAGAAGACCCAAGAUGAAGGCAAAGAGUCAACAGAGUCUCUGUGGACUUCCUUCGCUGAUGGCGGAGUCAGACUGAGAAUAGAUAAUUCAUGUCCACAGACUCCAGUAACAGUUCAUCAGAUGUUCAAAGAGAGCCUAGAAAAAUAUGGGUCUCUUAAUGCUUUGGCCAGCAAAAAGAAUGGCAAGUGGGAGAAGAUUACUUUUUCAGAGUAUUAUUGCCUGUCCCGGAAAGCAGCCAAAAGCUUCUUAAAGCUUGGUCUUGAACGAUUCCACAGUGUAGGAAUCCUUGGAUUUAAUUCUCCAGAAUGGUUCAUUUCAGCUGUUGGAGCUGUUUUUGCUGGGGGAAUUGUCACAGGAAUAUAUACAACCAACUCUCCAGAGGCCUGCCACUACAUUGCUCAUGACAGCAAAACCAAUAUCAUGGUUGUGGAAAAUCAGAAACAACUGGACAAGAUAAUGCAGAUCUGGAAUCAUUUGCCACACUUGAAAGCUGUUGUGCUGUAUAGGGACUCUAUGGCAGAGAGACGUCCCAAUUUGUAUACGAUGGAAGAAUUUCUGGAGUUGGGAGAUGACAUAACUGAUGCUACUUUGGAUGACAUUAUUAACUCCCAAAAGCCAAAUCAAUGCUGUGUGCUAAUAUACACAUCUGGAACAACUGGGAAGCCAAAAGGAGCCAUGCUGAGUCAUGACAAUAUAACUUGGACGUCAGCACAUUGCAGCAGAGCAGGAGAUAUGCAACCUGCAGAGGUCCAACAGGAGUCUAUAGUCAGUUAUCUCCCACUCAGCCACAUAGCUGCACAGAUAUAUGACCUGUGGACAGGAAUCAAGUGGGGAGAGCAAGUUUACUUUGCUGAGCCGGAUGCUUUAAAGGGCAGCUUGAUCAACACACUAAAAGAAGUUCAGCCAACAUCUCAUAUGGGAGUUCCCCGAGUAUGGGAGAAAAUCAUGGAGAAAUUAAAGGAUGCUUCUGCUCAGUCAGGAUUUAUGAAGAAGAAAAUGCUUUCAUGGGCUAUGUCAGUUAGCUUAGAGAGAAACUUAAACUGCUCAAGAAGUGAUUUAAAGCUGUUUUGGACAAGGUUAGCAGACUACUUGGUGCUUGCAAAAAUCCGCAAUGCGCUGGGUUUUUCUUGCUGUCAGAAGCACUUUUGUGGUGCUGCUCCUCUCAAUACGGAAACAUUGAAUUUCUUCUUGGGUCUGAACAUCACCUUGUAUGAGGCCUAUGGGAUGAGUGAGACCACAGGCCCGCACUGCCUGUCUGGGCCAUAUAUUUACAGGCAGCACAGCUGUGGUAAACCAGUACCUGGCUGCAAAGUAAAAUUGGUGAAUGAAGAUACAGAAGGCAAUGGAGAAAUCUGUUUCUGGGGAAGGACUGUUUUCAUGGGUUAUUUAAAUAUGGAAGACAAAACAAAAGAAGCCUUUGAUGAAGAUGGGUGGCUGCAUUCUGGAGAUUUAGGAAAACUAGACAAGGAUGGCUUCCUCUAUGUCACUGGAAGAAUUAAAGAUUUGAUUAUUACAGCUGGAGGUGAAAACGUGCCUCCAAUUCCAAUUGAAGAUGCUGUCAAGAAAGAACUUCCAAUUGUUAGUAAUGCCAUGGUGAUUGGAGAUAAAAAGAAGUUUUUGUCAAUGUUGCUGACCCUAAAGUGUGUCCUGGAUCCAGAUACAUCUGAUCCUACUGACAUCCUUACCGAGCAAGCUAGAGACUUCUGCCAGAAGACUGGCAGCAAAGCCACUACGGUAUCAGAGAUUGUAGCUACAAGAGACCGGGCUAUCUACCAGGCCAUUCAGGAGGGAAUCAACAAAGUCAACAUGAAUGCUACUAAUAAAGUUCAUUGUAUUCAAAAAUGGAUAGUGCUGCCAAGAGAUUUUUCCAUUUCUGGAGGAGAACUAGGUCCGACAAUGAAGUUAAAACGGCUCACCGUGCUUGAGAAAUACAGAGAUGAAGUAGAUUCCUUCUAUGAAGAUGGCUAGACUUCAGAGACUUUGUGAAAGCAGCAGCUCCAUGUUGAAAUACACAUUACUAUUUCCCUUAAAAACAUAUAAAUCAAGAAAGGGGGGGGAAUAGCACCCUAAGACUGAAAGAUACAAAGUAGCAAAUACAGAUCUUACAUAAAGUGUAUUUAGAACAGAAACGUCUUUAAAAUUGUCUUUACAGCACUUAUUUUUAAUGUGUUUGAAAGCACGCAAGUUUGUCACUGUGUUGCAACUCUUCUUUUAUGUUUCAAUAUUCACAUUGUACUAAAUCUGACAAAUAUAAGCUGCAUUUCCUCUUCCCUUUAUCAAAAAUUCUGAUUGAUUAUUCAUGUGACAUUAUGUGAAGGGCAUACUUGAUAAAAAGCUGUCUAAAAAGCUUGCUGUUAUUAAGUGAUGUUUGGCAGAGAGUUGGAAUGGCUAACACAAGCAGUCUACAACCACUAUUUUUGACUUCCCCCCUCCCCCCAAAACCCCUCACCCAGUACUUUCCAUGAAAGUUCCAACAUGCAGCAUUAUACAACUUAUAAACUUAAAGCUUGUUGCAGUCAGCUCAGAGCAUCAGACAAGACAGCAGCCUAGGACUAUAAAAACCAAACCAAGCAAUAGGACUUUGAAAAGUCUUUAUUUUUUUCCAUUUUGUGCAUAACGAUAACUCAGAAGGAAUAAUCUAAAGGAAACAAGGAAGCAGCAGCAACAGUGUAUGCAUUCAAAUUACGCUAAAAUUCUGUUUGAGACAACUGUAUCUUUUGUAUCCCACAGAAGGAAAUGUUACCUAUUAACCAAGCACAGAGUGCGUGCGCACACACGCACACACACGCACACACACGCACACACACGCACACACAC